AAUAACAAAUGGAAUUAUGGGUAAUUUAUUCAAAUGGCGGAAUGAUUACAAUGCUGACUAUGGUUCCACUUCAGUGAUUUGUAAAGAAGGGAUGACCGACUUAUUUGGUACUCCAUGAUUUUGACAGACACAACAUAUUAAAAUGGAAAACGACGUGGAUGUAGAUAAACGUGAGGAAGUGUUCCACAACGCUGUCCGAGAAUACAUCAUAUUCAUGCUGCUCUUCAUCCUGCUGUAUGUGAGUUCCUACAUAACUAUCUGCUAUUUCAAAAGAAAAGCUGAUUCUGAUGACACCUAUGCUGGUGGAGAGGAAGAUGCUGUUGUAUACAGAAUAGCGUUAUGGCUGUGUACAUUCACUCUGUCCGUGUCUGUUGGUGCUGUUCUGCUGUUGCCCAUAUCUAUCAUAUCCAACGAAGUGCUGCAUCACUAUCCAAAAAGUUAUUACGUCAAGUGGCUUAACAGCUCCCUCAUCCACGGAUUAUGGAAUAUGCAGUUUGCCAUGUCCAAUGUUUCACUGUUUUUCUUCAUGCCAUUUGCAUAUUUUUUCACGGAAUCUGAAGGUUUUGUAGGGUAUAAAAAGGGUGUAAUGGCGCGUGUCUACGAGUCUGUCAUUGUCCUCUUCCUACUCACCCUUGUUAUUGUGGGUUGUGUGUGGGUCGUGUCUGCAUGUUUUGAUGAAGACGUCCACAAAAAACAGAGAUUAUUUGAUCUCCUUUCAGAUAUCUGGAACUUCUAUUUGCCGUAUAUUUACGCAAUCAUAUCAUUUAUUGGAGUCAUUGUCUUACUUUUAUGUACACCUGUGGGUUUUGCCCGAAUGUUUACUGUGAUGGGUAAACUUGUUGUUAAACCAAAGUUUUUAAGAGAUAUAGAUGAAGAGUUUGCAACUUUAAAAAUGCAAGAGGAAAGUAUACGUAGGAAAAUAGACUGUGAAUUACAUCACCAACAUAGCACUAUAGCAAAUGGCCAUGCUACAUCAGGCUCCCUACAAAAACAGCUGGAGGAAAUAGAAAAAGAUAAAGCUGAAUUAGAAAAAAGGAAAAAGAUAUCUCCCUUGAGAAGGAACCUUGGAUAUCCCUUGGUUAUCCUUGCUUUGUUAGCAUUAACAGUAUUGUGUGUGUUAAGUGUGGCACACCAUUUCUUUGAACUCCUAGUUGGAAUCAAAGCCCUUCCAGUCGGAGCCAAGGAGACUGUGUUAGGAAUCUCGUCCUUGUCUGCUCUGGGGUCUGUUGGUGCUGUCCUGGAGAUUGUCCUAAUCCUAUAUGUCAUGUCUGCCUCUAUAGAGGGAUUCUACUCGCUGCCGUUCUUUAGGCGACUUACACCAGAGCCACACAAUACCUCCAUGGUUCAGACCAUUGGCAACUGUGUUGUGCUGCUCAUCCUUAGCUCAGCCCUGCCAGUUCUGUCUCGGAUCAUGGGUAUUACAAACUUUGACCUGAUCGGGAACUUUGGCAGUAUGGACUGGCUGGGUAACUUUUACCUUAUUCUUACUUGUAAUGCUGUUUUUGCCACGACAACUACUAUGUGUUUGACCAACAAGUUCACAGGGACAGUGCGGUCAGAGGUGUUCAACCGACUGUGGACCUGGGUGUCACAAAAGGAAAAAAAACAAAAACCUCAAAGUUACACAUCCUUCAAGGAUGAUUAAUUCCAUGUGGAAGAAGAAAUACAAUCCACACAGAUGACAAUCCAUUUGCAAGGCAAUCUACGCAAGAAAUCCAGACAGGCACUAGAAUUACAUUAAACGAGAAGGCCACCCACCUAAAAAUCCUAACAGAGAUUCCACACAAAGAGCAUCGCAUUCCGGAAUUGGGCACAAAGACAAUCACACUAUGAAAUUCUGCGCAAAAAGAGAAUAAGGUUCUUUGAUUAAUUUGUUAAUUAACAUUUUAAACUGGUACAAUAGUUAUAAUUGGCACUAUUUGCCUAAAAAUAUGGAGAAAGAAAAACAUCUGUAUACAUUGAUCUCUGAACAUGAUGCUAGACAAAUUUUGACAGUGAUGUCGUUAAUACCGUUUAGAGGUUAUCAUUUGUAAGGACUUAAGUGUGUGAUAUUUUUAUGGUCUGACCACAAUCUUAAAUGCUUGUUAUGUAGUUAAACAUUACAAUUAUCUAUAUGACACUGUUAGUGGUAUACUGUUGAUGAUCGUACAAGUGACUAGACCAUUACUUAACUUUAUACGGCUAGAUACCAGCAAACAUCAGACAUACUGGUGAUACAACUAUUACCUGGUAGUAAUGUAUUGGUGAUCACACAAUAAGAUAGUAAUAUAGCGCUAGUGAUCACAAUAUUAGUAAACUCAACAUUACACUAUUGUACUAAUGAUCACAACAUAAGUUAUAUAGCGCUAGUGAUCACAACAUUAGUAAACUCAAUAUUACACUAUUGUACCAAUGAUCACAACAUAAGUUAUAUAGCGCUAGUGAUCACAACAUUAGUAAACUCAACAUUACACUAUUGUACCAGCGGUCACAUUACUAAUAAAUUACACUGUUAAUAUUACUAGUAAAUUCACGAUUUUACUACUAGUUGUAACUGUGCUAGUGGUCACACUUUUAGUAAUACUAGUAAACUCGCUAUCAUACCAUUACUAAAACUUGUUAACUCACCAUUGCACUUACUAUUAGUAAUACUAGUAAACUCGCUAUUACACUGUUGUACUAAUGAUCACACUAUUAGUAGCAAUAUUGCUAGUGGUAGCAGCACUUAAACUCGCUAUUUGACUAUUAGUUUCACAAGUGAUCAUACCAUUACUAAAACUUAUUAACUCACCAUAACACUUUUAGUAAUACUAGUAAACUCGCUACCAUACCAUUACUAAAACUAGUUAACUCACCAUAAGUGACAGUGAUCACACCAUUACUAAAACUUAUUAACUCACCAUUACACUUUUAGUAUUAGUACUAGUAAACUUGCCAUUAGUAACACUAGUUAUCUCAUCAUUAGUGACAGUGAUCAUGCUAUAAUUAUACAAGUGAUCAGUGUUAAGCCUAGCAAUGCAAAUAUCUGAUGUUAUUGUUUUUCUGAGAGAAUUGGCUUUAUUUAUGUAUGGGAUUUUUCUUUGAACAAAAAAACUUAUUUAUAUGCAUUUUUUUUAUUUAUUUUGAUGGAAUGAUUUUUUUUUUAUCAAAUAUAUGUUUUUGUAAUAGACAUAUGGGAAUGAAUUUGUUACAAGAGGUAUUUGUAGCAAAGCUAUGUAAAAAGUACAAUUGUUAUAACAUGUAUUGUGAUAUAAAGGUCAGUUAUGUACCGAUGUAUGUUGUAUUGCCUUGAUAGGCCAGAGGUGCCAUGUUGAGUGGCAAAACAUCUCAUUGUUUAGUGGUGCUUAGAAAAAUACAAAUUAAAGGAAUAGAUGGUGUUCAGCUAUGACACAGAAUGGGAAGGAAAAGUUGUUGAGUGAUAUACAUAAUAUAUAGUUUGUGUGAUUUGAAAUUAAGCAUUCUAUAAUACUUUUGCCAAUGUUUUCAUUAAUGCCAUUUUGACAUCAUCAUCAACCAUUGUGUUCCGAUUGUGUGUUAUAUUUUAUACUGAGAUGUCUAAUUUUGCUAAAUUUCUAUAUUUUAGAGACCGAAACACUGUUAUAGGUAAUAACUUCAGCAGAACAGCACCAUACACAGUAAUGAUCAUAUACUUGUUAGUAAACCCAAACUCUACAAUUCUAUGCUGAAGGAAUUGUAAACUAGCUUGUAAGGAGUGUCCCUUGGCCAAAAAGAGUUAAAAUUGUGUGAAUUAAUGGUGCAGCUGUCCUGGGGCUGGAGGGGUAAAACUUAAAAAAAUAAUCUGAAAAACUGCUUGACAUAGUUAAUUUAAUUGACUAUAGAGCAACUCUUGGGCAAUCAGAAUCAGUUUUGUAUAGGAAAUUGGUGUUGACAAGGUGUCCAGGUACUGUUGACAAGGUGUCCAGGUACUGUUGUGUCCAGGUACUGUUGACAAGGUGUCCAGGUACUGUUGACAAGGGUGUCCAGGUACUGUUGACAAGGGUGUCCAGAUACUGUUGACAAGGUGUCCAGGUACUGUUGACAAGGUGUCCAGGUACUGUUGACAUUGAGGUUGGUUGAUGUUAACAAAAAUUACUACAAAUGUUCCUGUUAUUACGCUGAUGUGUUAUUAUUGUAAAAAGUUGCAGCUCAAUUUGAAAUCCAAGAUGGCUUCCAUGGUCUUCAAUUGUCAGGAACAUUUCAGCUUCUUUUCUAGUUUAAAAGAAUACCAAAAUAUAGGCUAACAAUUUAACUGUACUUUGUGAAACUAUAUAGAAAAAAAGAGAUGCACAUUUAUAUUACUGUAAUAUACAUUUCAAUUUUAGCUUGUUUCCAGGUCGUUAAUUCAAUUUUUCAUAGGUACUUCAGAGAUGAGUGUAAAUGAGGUGAGUUAUUUCAGCCUCUUAUUUAAAUGUAUGCCAACUGGUUGUACAGUGAACAUAGAAAAUCAAAUCCUUGAUGCCCAGUGACUAAUAGCAAUUACUUAUAACGUAUACUAGUGGACAUAUGUCAGUAGAAUAAGCCAAACUAUUAUGUUUCAUGAGAGAAUAAUUCCCACUUCAUUCAAAAGGAGUUAAUAUGUAGUAUGUAUAGUAAUAUGGUGUAUGUAUUUGAUAUCCAUUGGUAUAGGAAUAUUACAUAUGCCAGUAUUUCAUUAUGUAAUGAGAAGUGUGGCGAGUAUCACUACACUACACACAAAUCCCUGUACAGCAACAUAGUAGCAAAACAUAAUAGUCAAUAUAAUAAAUUGCUAACAUAGAAUUGAAUCCAAAUUAUUUUUAAAAAAUAGGGGUAAAUAUUUACUAAAUUUUGCCUCAUCUCUUUCCUAUGCAUGUACUGUAUGCCAAGUAACAUAAGUUCAGACAAGGCCUCUUGUUUCACUGUAGUGUUUAAGGGUUAUUCACUCUGGUGUGUUUUGAUAAUAUUUUCAUGGCUUUUCUAGGUUGUCAUCUCUCAGAUGAAGACAAUUAUUCAGUGCUCUUAUCUCCGUAAUAUCCACAAUAGAUCUUAUAUCAAGGUACCUUUUGUUUUAAAAAAAGAUUAAUGAAAUUUAGUGUGUGAUCUUGUAUCAGCCCCUCUUGUGAUUUUACACUGUCCCAAAAUAGAAUCAUUAUAAGGGACCUACCUUGCAUUGAAUGUGGGGAAAAAAGAUGGGACUAUGUACCUUAAAUUUCUAAAUGACCCUCAUAGGUAGGGGUAGUUGUAGGUCAAUCAGAUGUUGUUAUUAUGUUUUCCAAGAGAAUGUGGACUACUUACUUAGUUGAGAUUCUCAAAUCUGGGCCAAACUUGAACAAGUCUUCCUGGAAAGCAACUCUUAACUUUUACUGACGAGGUGUUGUUUUCAUGGGACACAAACAAAGUGAGACUUUUUUCUGUAGUUUUGUAUAAAUGAGAUUAUGUAUGAACUUGCUUUAAUAAUAUUGCUCACUUUUUAAGCCUGAAAAACAUGUUGAAUAGGUUGGCUUCACAGAAUAUAUGAUUUAUAGGUAGGAUUCAUAAAGAUAUAAAUUUCAUUGUCAUGUAUAUUCAGCAUAAUAUUAUCCUUAACAAAUACGAUGAAUGUUGCUACUGACCUGAUUGUAAUAAUGAAGUGCUCUUUUUAAUCAAUCUAUUGUGUCUUGCCUGUAACAAGAAUAAGCUAAUGCCAAAAGAUAGGUUGUGUUCCGAUGAUUAGUGUUCCUUUAAGUUAGUACAUAACAGGUGAUGACUGUUAGGUGUUGCAUCAUUGGUGUAAAUUUGGUCUCUGCUGUGUGGUCUUGAGGUGUAUGGUAUGACCCUAUAUGCCUUUCUUGUGACUCUGGGUACAGCAUUUGACUUUAAUUCUGUGUAGUAAUAUGUUUGGCAAACUUAUGUAAGUCUCAGUUGUGAUGUUUCUGCUGAAGUAGCCAUGAGCUUCCGUACGGCUGAUUUUAUCUUGUAUUUGUAUAUCAAGGCCUUCCAUUAUGUUGCUAAGAAAACAAACAUUAAUCGAUUAUGAAAAUAUGUAGUUUAAAUAGAGGCUUCAUAAAAUGUCACAAUAAAAUGAAAGAUAUCACAAUUAGUUUGUUCAAAGAUAGGUCUGCUAAUUUCACAAGUGACUUAUGAAUUAUUUCCCUUUGAAACAAAUACCAUGGCUACAUAACGCUAAAGCAUGUCUAUUAUUUGCUCAAACACAUGAUUAGUAUUCAGUAUAAUUUUUUUUACAUAUGAACAAGAGACGCUGACACAAUUGAAAAAUUCAACACUGAGAAAACAGCAAAAAGACAGACUAUGUCUUAUUCUCAUAUACAAAUUUAAAACUAAUUGAAAAAUGGACAAAACAAACUAUUUGAUAGACAAAAAUACAUCUCAAAAUUGAUACAUGUAUAUAGAUCUAUUAAAUGAGUAUGAUUUGACCUUUUCUGUACCAAUAUCUGACCCCUGUGGUCUUCCCACAAUGCUAUCAUUGAGGGCUAUCACAACUUACAGUUCCAGUGUCAGUGCUGU